AUGGAUGCGAUCGAUGAGUUCGAAGCAGCCCGUGACAAAGUUCUUCUGGAAGAGCCCGCGUCUUGGGACCAAGACGAUGCAGAGGAGGAUUUUGUCGACCAGGGACGCGAAGUGCUAGGAUUUGAUGAUGAGGAAGAUGAGGACGAGGAGGAUGAAAAAAGUGGAAAUGAAGAGGCCUCCGAUGCUUCUACGGGUGCUGAAGAAGAGGACGAUGCUGACCUUGAUCGCUACCGGACCAUGAUCCUUCCUGCGUCUGUCACGCGCGAGGGCCCAACACGCAAGGCUCUCCGGGACGAAGCUCAUGAAGAGCAGGCCUUGGAUGACGUCGAAGAUGAGGAUGACGAGGAUCUGGGCUGGGGUGCCAAUAAGCGAUCGUACUACAGUGGGAACACGGCAGAAGACUUGGAGUCUGACUCGGAAAUCGACGAAGAUAAGGCGCACGAGCUUGAGACGAAUGAGGCGAUCCGUUUGCAGCGCUUAAGCCGCGCAGGGAUGGAUGACGCUGAAUUUGGCUUAGACAGCAUUGAUGCGGAAGAGGCGCAAAUCAAUGCCGACGAGCAAAGUGCUGCAGCGAGAGCCAGGCGUCGGCGUGAACUGGACGGCGACGAUGGAGACGAAGCGAAGGAAAAGGCUGCCUCCCAGUCGCCUGAGCAGCUUUUACAAGGCCUACAACAGCGCUCUCCCCUUGUAUUGGCGCUCGUUGAAGAGUUCCGCGAUUCCAUGCGUCAGCUGGACGAGGACAAGGACUAUGUGGCUACACUGUCCCACAAAGGGGAACAACAAAUGGCCGAGAUUGCACAUUUGCACUAUCAGACGUUAUCGUCGUAUACCAUGCUUUUAGCGUUUUUCUUUGAGCUGGCUUCGACUCCUGCGAUGGCUGCGGCGCCUGACCAGCUUCUUCAGCACCCUGUGAUGGAACGUCUCUCGCAGUUCAAGAAAGCGAUGGUGGAUAUGAAGGAGCUGGGCCUGUUUGAACCACACUCGGAAGAAGAGGAUACCGGGGAAAGCCUUAUGGGCCCACCGACGGAGGAGGAUCUGGCUGCGUACGAGGAGCUCGGCGAAUUGGAGCCCAAUGAGCUGGAAGAUUUGAUCGCUGAUGAAAAGGAAAAUGCAGGCACACCCAGUGCGCCGGUGAAGAAGAGCAAGAAGGUCAAGAAGAGCAAGAAGGAGAAAGAAGCUGCGCCAUCACCCCAGCGUGGCUUGCUGGCCGACGUGGCUGAAGUUGACGAUCAAGUGAUGAACACACGCCGUCCUACUACGUCGCAUGCCCUGCCGCUUGAGACAGAGGAUGCAUAUGGUGAGCCUGUAUACCUGCGCGACUCAGAGCGUCAAGAUAAGGCGAUGCGUAGACGGGCAGUGCAAUUCCAUGCGGCCAAUGUGGACACUAUGCCGUCAGCCAAGCAACACCGCUUGGAGGGCGAUGCAGAUAUUCCGUACCGCGACAAGCGGCAAAUUCGUGAGGCUGUAUGGACAGCUAAGACCAACCGAUUGGCCAAGGAGCAGGCGCCUAUGGAUACGUCUCUCACUGGCGCCGAAUGGGGCGAAAGCGAUUGGCAAGAUCGAGACCAUGUCAUGCAGUCCGAUGAAGAGGCAGACGACAAGGAUGCGGCGUACUAUGAGCUCGUGAGCUCGCGCAAACGUGCCCGCAAAGAGGCCAAGAAGGACGAGUACGAUCGCAAGCGUUUGGAAGAGCGUGUAUGGGACGACGAGACGCUCGCACCUGGCGAGCAUCGCUCCAUCAACUACCAGAUCGAAAAGAACAAGGGUCUUACGCCGCAUCGUGCCAAGAGUAUACGCAAUCCACGUGUGAAGCGCCGCAUGCGUUACGACCGCGCGAAAAAGCGCUUGUCCAGUACGCGCGCCGUGUACAAGGGUGGUCAAAGUGCACUCGAAGGUGGCUACGCUGGUGAAAAGAGCGGUAUUUCCACGCAUCUCGUCAAGAGUCGUAAGCUCGGUAGUUAA